CUUGGAUACAUUUCACUUCACUAGUCAAAGAUCAAAUUUCCGUGUUCUGAAGUUAUCUGUGAAAAUAUUUAUCAGUUUUUUAUCAAAAACACCUGGAAUUAUGAAUGAUAACAUGUGGUUUUUGGAGAAAUCAAGCAUUUUAUGUUCAAAAUAAGUAUUUUGAGGCAUUGUGGCAGUCGCGAACUGCAGUCUUCGCAAAGCAUCGCCUGUUAAAAUACGGCAUCUUGUAUAGCUCCAGCAGAGGUUUGAGUGGUAACAAAGUAUGGCGCAGUGUUAAGCUCUGUUCACAAUCAUUCUAUUUAAAGUGUGAAAAAAAAAGAAAAGAUGGCCAGAUAUUUUGAAGAUGCAACAACAUUCAACUUUAGUUGGGAUCAAGUUGCUCGGGGAUACUGGAAAAGGUAUCCCAAUCCACAAAGCACACAUGUGUUAUCGGAAGACACUUGCAGCCGCCAAGUGAAGGAUGGGUGUUUGUACACAAAGAGACUGUUGACCAAGACUAACAGGGUGCCUAAGUGGGGUGAGAGAUUUUUUAGUGCAAAAUCAGUGAAGAUCAUUGAAGAGAGCAUGGUUGACCCAGAAAAGAAGGUGCUCAUUACAUACACAAGGAAUCUGGGCUACACUAAAGUUAUGAGUGUGGUAGAGCGUGUAGAGUACAGGCCGUCCGGUCCUGGUCAAACGAUAGCGAAACGCUCAGCGUGGAUCGACUCUCAAGUGUUCGGCUUCUCACGAGCCAUCCGGGCCUUCGGACUCGAUAGGUUCAAAAAAAACUGCAAUCAGAUGGUGAACGGCUUCAACCACGUGCUGCACAGCAUGUACCCGCGCCCGGUGCCGCACGUCACGCCCGUCGCCCACACGCUCAAGGACAUGCGCGACGCCGCCGCCGCCGCCACCGCCGCCGCCACCACGCGCGCCAAGGCCAACGUGCUCUCCUCCGUCAACCGCAGCUAACCAGACGCGAGCGACACUGCGCCACGACAUUCCUAACACCAAGCGUAAAUCGA